GAUAAUAAUUCAGUUUCCGUUGUGUUUUUCCUGCAGACCUGGACGAACUGGCUGUCUAUCUCCUUCAGUGUAGCUUUGUUCUUCACAGUGGCUCUGUGUUACAACGCGUCCUGUCCCACCUGCUACUCCCCCUCUAACCCCUACUGGACCAUGCAGAGGCUGCUGCAGGACCCCCUCUUCUACCUGCUCUGCGUCAUCACGCCUGUAGCGGCGCUGCUGCCCCGAUAUUUCUACAGGGCGUGUCAAGGCACGCUGUUUCCCAGCCCGGUCCAAGUUGGAAGACAGUUGGAUAAACUCCCCUCCGAAACCCGCAGGAACAUUCUGAGCCUCCGCAGGGUCAAGGUGGGGUCGCCGCUCAGCCCCACGCCUCCCUUCCUGUCGCUCUCCAAGCCCUCCCCGAAAGGUUGCAAUAAAAAAGACCAGAGGAGCUUCCCCGGCUCCGAGACGUCACAGGGGCCUAUUUUACAAACAGAACAGGGCCAGCGAAGCCCACAGGGGCCCACAGACAGUGAGAGGGGCCUCUCAGAUCACUACACAUCAGCUCCUACAGAAAAAGACACUCUUCCUUUUACCACAGACGCUCCGAAGCUGUCGGGGGAGCCGCAGCCUCCUUCAACCAAAGACUCCGAGUGUCUCGAUAAGACUUUAGAGGCGGCGGACUUGAGUCUGUCCAGCUGGAUCACAUCCACGCCUCUGCUCCCACACACAGACAGCGUCCAGCUAAACCUGCCCCCCGACGGAGACUCGCAGUGCGUCAGAUACACGAGGAACUCCGAGGAGAGACUCCAGUCUGACCACAGCGUCCAUCCGAGGACAGAGCGGGCCUCAGAACAGUCACUGCACACCGCCUUGUGAUGUCUCGCAGUCUUAAAUACUCAAACUCCAAUUUGCACGAUAGUUUUUUAAAAAAUCUA